GAGCUCGGCGUAGCUGCUGGGCCGGGGGCGUGCCUCGCUUGGUGCGGUUGCCUGGCGUUGGUGCGGAGCGCCUCGCUGGCGACCGACGUGAAGCUGCUGGGCAGGAUCUGUAUGGAUGAAGGUUCUCCCGAUGGCAUCUUUUGGCUGGAAGAGAAAGAUCGGCGAGAAGGUCUCCAGAGCCACUUCCCAGCAGUUUGAAGCAGAGGCUGCGGAUGAGAAGAGUCCGGGUAGUGAUGAAGAUGAGGACUGGGUGCACGCCACGAAGAGAAGGAAGGAAGUUCUCCUCGAAGACUGCAUAAAGAAGAGCAAACAGCUGAAAGACGAGGGGGCAAGUUUGGCUGAAAAUAGGAGGAAAAGUGGUCCACCUGCCUGUCCAGGACGUGCCCCAACAGGAUCAUGGUGCUCCUUGUGCUCAGGCCCCCAGAGGGAGCAUUACUGCAAGUGGAAUCUCAUGGGAGCGAAGUUGAGGAGAAGAAUCUCUUCCCUCGCCCUUCUGAUCACCUUUUUUUUUAUUACAGCCCAAGAUAUAAUUCACUGUCUGGGCUGCAAGUGUAUGUUGUUGGCUCUUGUUGAAUUUUUCAUUCACCACAACUGCCCAGAACUUCUUUAUCCACUCAUUGCCCAUCCUACGUGCAUGUUUGGGAGUGCCAGGUGGAUCCAGUUGCACAGCUUUGCAUGCGGCCUUGUUGAACUUCAUGAAGUCUGCAGAGGUCUACCUCUCAUGUCUUUCAAGAUACCCUGGCUGGCAUCCCCUCCAAAUGUGUCAGCUGUAUCCCUUAGCUUAGUGUCAUCCACGAGCUUGCUGAAGGUGCAUGAUCAGCGCAUCUGUUUCAGUCACAAACGAAGACUCACACAUAUAAUAUUCUGCUCAUUUUUUUUCUGUCAGCCACUAGUUGGUGCCCUGUAACAAUCCUAGAAAUCUUUCCAUGAGAGACUGAAGCUUGCUCUUUUGAAUCCAUUUCAAACUGAUGAUUUUUUUGAAUCCUCCCAUUCUUAGUGUGCACUGGAUAUAUUUUCAUGUUGAUCUCUGGAACUUUAAUGACUUCUGCAGCUAAAUGGCAGGUCUUAGAAAACAUUAUCUUUGACCUGCCAGCUGGUAAUAAAUAGCUAAUGUUUUAUACCAUGGCUCAGUCUUUUUGUCUCUUUUGCAAAAAAAGAGCCGUUUAAGACAUAGUAGGGUUCAUGGAUUUAGACUUUUUUUAAACAACGUCUUCGGGGAAUUUUGGGGGGAUGUUGGCAAUGAAUAAUGGUUUGUAGUCAACUAGUUUUGCCAUCCUAUUUUACUGUUAAAAAUAAAAGACACCUAUUAAGUAUGUUAAAUAACGUGAACUUACUGGAGGGUGUUCUGCUACCUAGGUUUCUUUGUUGGAAUUUGUAUUUGUAUGCAGGCUUUAAUACAACCAUUCAUUUUUCUGGCAAUUAGCUUCUGUGAUGACGAUGAUAAACUUACCUCAAUGAAUCUGGAUGUUGACAUAGGUGUUUUUAAUUGACUGAAGUUGUUUGACGAUUGAACUGUUCUGAUUGUUAAAAUAUCAGCUUUCCCUGGUAUUACUGAUGCAACUGGUUUUCCUGGGUGUUUCAUUUGAAAUGUUGCAAGUUUUCUGCGCCUAGAGCACCUCCUGCACUGACUUUGAUGCCUGCAGAGCUGCUUCUCUCCCUCGUUUUCUCACUCCUCUCUCCCAACUGCUGUUGCACAGCAGUUUUUCCCUUCCUUCAAUCUGCUCUCCAAGAGCACAUCCAGUGUGGCUUAUGGCUCAGCUCUGGCAGCAGUGGGUUCCCUUUGAAACAAUGAAGCUAGCUCUGCUCUGACAAAGGACAAGGGCUCUGCUCACAGAGACCACCCUUGCGGUCUCCCACCAACAAAAAGUGCCUAAGUUUUAUGGUUGUUUAUUGAAACUGGAAGGUUGGAAUUCUGAAUACUGAGCAAAACUUGAAAGAGAAAACACUGAAACAGGGUGAAUAUAUUUAUAAUUCUGAAGUGAAUUCAUUCGUGUUUUGAGUUUGUAGAUGGUACCUUUCAUUAAGUAAAUGAAAAAGAUCUGUAGAGAAGGUAAAGCAUUUGCCACUCUGACUUAAUUAUGUUCAUCUAAUCAUUGAAAUCAAUCUAAUAUUUAAAACUAUUGAGCUAUAAGGACUAUAAAGGUAUAGGAAUAGGUGGGAAUAGGUGAACGGUUGGACUGGAUGAUCUUUUAGGUCUUUUCCAACCUUGGUGAUUCUAUGAUUCUAUGAUAAAAGUGUAAUUAGGAUGAACUAUAAGGAAGAUAAAAGUGUAAUUAGGAUGUCCUUUCUCCAGAUAAGGGUUGAAGUUAUCAAGCUUUUCUUGCUUCACUUCUUCACAAGAAAAGAGAUGUUUUAGUUAGUUAAUGGUCUAAGCAAAUUGAUGUCUGCUGUCAUGUCCCUGUCUGAAGUUACGCUGUAAAUCUGUGGGUAUUUUAAUUGUUGGGGCUCAAGAUAUUCCUUUUGUAUGUGUUCACCUCUAGGUGUGGGGCAUGGAAUUUCAGUCAUAAAAUGAAGACAGAGAUUAUUUCAGAAGUUAGGCUUCAGAAGCAUAAGUUACUGUGGUCUAAAUGACUUAAUUAUUUCUUCCAGUAACCAGUGUAGAUAAAAAUACAUGCAAUAUUAAUCUUUUAUUGAAUCUUCAGUAAUUUAUUUUUCUGGGAUAAAAAUGGAAGGAGAUAGUUCAGACGUUUCUUGUUGCUGUUCUCUCAACAGGCAGUAUUAUGUGUGCAAAAUUACACUGCCAAAAAAGUCAUGAAUCUGAAUCUGUAGCUUUUUGUGAAGUUGCUCAUCCUUAGAAAUAUACUGCAUUUUAAGUUACUUCAAUUCUCUUGUGGGAAUGGGAGCACAAUUUAAGCUUGCUUCUUCUCCCUUCUUUACAAAACAUUUUGGCCUCAUGAGUUUUAGGCUCACCACUUCUGGUAACUGAGGUUUUGGUAGCGAGAGUCCCCAUUCUGCUUGACACUUUCAUUUUAAAUUCAUAUCUUUGUGUAAAUUUGCAGGCCGUCGUGAGAUUUUAAAGUUCUGAUGCAUUCCUUUGGUAUUGAUUGGCAAUAGCCCCAGCUCACAUACAAUUAUGUUUGUGCAUGUUAUGUCCUUCGACGUGUACUGUUGCAAAAUAAUAUUUCACUUAUUUCAGGUAAUUGGCAUUUUUUACUUGCUGUUAUCUGUAGAGAUGUUAUAGUCAUUUUAUAUCAGUACUGUAUAUCUUUUCAUUUAUACUGGGAGAGUUAAAGGGUACCUGCCUACUUAAUUUACAGAUACUUUCAUGAAUCACACAUUAUAAUUGUCCUCUAUAAAUCUCAAAAUGCUGUGGAGAAUUACACAUUUCACCUACCUUAAUCCAUUUGUGUCUGCUUUUUUACGUAGCUUCAGUAGUUGUUACUCUGUAAUACUGAUAUCAACAAACGUAAUGAGUCCAGAAGAAACAAAAGAAAAUAAGGGGAACCACAUUAUUUGGUAUAAAUCAUACCAAAGUAAUGAGGGCAUAUCAUCUAGAUGAAGUGCAUCUGCCCAGUACAGAAUGAGAGCAGACUAAAGGCUGUUGCUUUUUGUGUAUCUGCACUGUAUAAUCAUAGAAUCAUUAAGGAUGGAAAAGACCUCUAAGAUCAUCUGGUCCAGCCAUCAACCCAUCACCAUGCCCACUAACCAUGUCACUCAGUGCCAUGUCUACAAUUUUCUAGAAUACCACCAGGCACAGUGACUCCACCACCUCCCUGGGCAGCCUGUGCCAGUGCCUGACCACUCCUUCUUAGAAGAAAAAUUUCCUAAUAUUCAAUCUGAAUCACCCCUGAUGCAACUUAAGACCAUUUCCUCUUGUACUGUCACUGCUUACCUGUGAGACGAGACUGACCCCUCUCCUCUCCAUCGCUACAGUUCCUUUCAGAUCACUGUAGAGAGUGAUAAGGUCUCUCCUGAGCCUCCUGCAAUCUAAACAAUCUCGGUUCCCUCAGCUGCUUCCUGUUAAAACUUGUGCUCCAGAUCCUUCACCAGCUUCAUUGCCCUUUGCAUUCAUCCACCGCCUUUCUUGUAGUGAGGCUGACAUCUCGUCCUUAACCACACUGAUUUGGUAAUUGGUCAUUUGGGAGAAAGGUAGGGAAAUGCUUUUAUUUUAUUUACCUUGUUGUUUUUUUUUUUUGUUUUUUUUUUGUUUGUUUGUUUUGUGUGUGUUCUUUUUUUUGGUGAACAGCAUUUGACUUUGUCCUAGUUCUGCUGAUUAAUUUGUAAGAGCCAGUAGGACCAUAGUGUGAAGACUGGAAGAUAGAGCUGUCUGUUGUUUGUAGAGAAGUAUUUGAAAGGUUAGGAGAAUUAAAUGCCUAUUGAACUAAGAAGUAAACAGAUGGCAUCAAUCACUGUAGAUCUACUGCUAUGUUUCUAAAGGAUAAUCUGAACAAAUAAAUAACAAUUAAGCCCAGAAUACAACUAUUACUUUAAAUACAGCACAACAGUUUUUCUUCUACAUUCUUCUUCCUGUUGCUUUCAGAGGAAGUGCUGUUGAAGCUGUUUUGGGGAACAGAAGCUUUGUAGUCACGAUUUCAGUCUAGCAGUAAAAUAUGUUGCUUCAUUACCUAAUAUAUUUAAAAUAUCUUAGAAGUAGUAUAACUAUUUCAAGUUCUGAUACUUGUGUUAAUUUGCAGUUUUUGUUUAAAGAUACUAAAGUAGUUAAUGGGAUUUACCUUAGCAGUGCAAUUCCUUUUACUAUAAAACUUACAAGGUUACUGUGGCCUGUUAUUACUGAAAUAAUUAUGAAAUAGCAGGUGUCGUAUUGCAUUGUAUUCCUGUUCUUAAUUGGAAUUUCCACGUGCCAACCUAAUUUCUGCUCCUAUUUAUCAUUGUUUAUUUUGGCUUCCUGCGGAACUGUCACCCAUGAAGUCACAGAAUCAUCCAGUCAGAAAAGACUUUCAGCAUGAUGAGGAGCAACCAUCACCAUGGCCUAUUGAGUCCUGUCACUAGACCAUGUCCCUUACUGCCAUGUUCACACGUCUCUUAAAUACCUCCUGGGAGGGGGACUCCACCAGUGAUGUCAUUUUGAUUUUAAUCAUACAAUAUUAAAUUACAAGGCUGGGAUUUACUGAAAUAUUCCAUGUUUGUAGAUGGUUGCAAAACAGAUUCUAGAAAUUGCAGGUUGUUCCUUGAGAUGUUUAAGCUAGAAAUAGCUUAUUUCUUUUUGAAUCCUUAAGGUUAAAUGUUUAUCAUUACAGUAGCAUAUUUUUCUGUGGUAAUAUUUUCAUUAUUAUAUACCAGCAACGCAGUCACUGCUGGUCUAUCUGUUAAUGUUUCUUCAGUUAAUAAGGUACGUGGUGGACAGUAGGGUUUUGGGGUUUUCAUGACAAAACUGGAACAGCAAAACCACCAGUUCUGGUGCCUAAGUUAACGGAGAUCUUCUGCUGUUUACUAUUCUCAUUUUCAAAGUGGAACUGUGGAUUUCUGAAUGCUACCACAUCUAUUAAAAUCAGCCUGAAUUUGUCAAAUAACAUUAGUUAUUUGGGCUCAUUGAAAUAUUUUUUGGGGUCACACGAAGAUAAACAAGUCUUUUUGGUUAGCAGGAAGCCAGUGCCUAGGAUGCAGUAGGAUGCAUAGUGGAGGAGUGGCCAGGAGAAGAGGGGUGAGAGUUUGGUUCUUGUCUACAUUAUGGAAGCUCUUUAGAGUCUUCAGUUGUGUUAUUUUAUUGCAGUUAAGAAUUUUUUUCUGUUAUGUGAUAAAGUAAGCUCUAUGUUUGAUCCAUAUUUGAGGCCAUAAUUAUGAAGUAUCAGUACCAGGCCUGAGGAGAUUCUAGAGGAAAGCCAGAAACAAAAUUAUGUAAUUCUCAGUUUCUGGAAUUAUGCAUGUAAUGGACAUUUUUAACAUGGAUUUUGUAGUGAGCAACUUGUUUGAGUUUCUGCUGAACGUAAAGAUAUUUUUUUUUUAAAGAAAAAUAUGUGCUUUGGUCUUACUUACUUCAGCAGAUUGCUUGUCAGACAGCCAUGUAAUUCUGUAUUCAUCACGGACUGAUAUAUUUCAUGGUUCUAGAAAAAAAACAGCAAAUGGGCAUGCAUACUUGUCAAAGACUUCAUUGAGGACAAAGCCCUGUGUAAUUUUGCAUACUGAUAGUAGUAGUUAGCAUUUAGUGGGGAGAGAAUUGACUAGCUGUUGGAUAUGUUGUGCUUGUGUUGCAAAUUAGCUUGCCUUCUUAACAGUAUAGUAUUUGAGUGAGUUUGAUUGUGAAACAAUGAUUUGCCAGAUUUUCAAGAAGGAAAUAAAAUACGGUAAAGGAAGCAGGCUCCUCACACUUAAAUAUAAAAUGUGAAAGACAUUUUGUGACAGAUUGUCAAGGGUAGACAAUGAUUACCUCCAUUAUUAUCUAAUGCGUUCAGAUUGUUGCAGUAACUUGUCAUUAAUUGUUAAAAUAAUUGCCAUUUGUUCCAUUCGUGUGCCUCAAAGCAAUAAACUAAUCAUGUUAGUAA